GUGGAAGUUCUUCUUAAGAAGAACUUAAGGUCCUUUCCAACCCAAACCAUUCUAUGACUACAAUUCUAAUCUACACCAUGCACUCAUUUAAAAGGCUAGCUUGCGGAAUAAUGUGUGAAAAGCGUAUUUGCCACUAUAAAAAUCCACACAAACUUGAGCUAGGGCUGUGGGGAACAGUCCUAGAACAGUAGCAUCAAUUUGUACUAAAUUACUUUGCCCCGGAACUGCGGAGCUCUCCAAACACCAUUAAACCAUCGUUUUGUGAGCCCUCUUUCCCAGUGCCGGGAGCAUGAGAGGCGAAUGAAGGUCGUCUCGUCUUGUUACAGACAGAAAAACUGGCCCCAGCUGCCCCCAUAGAAGCUGCCGCUGAUCCCCUACCCGGACCGAAGACCUGCUGGCGCUGCAGUGGCAGGGCGGAUAUGCUCCGUUGGGAUCCGGAACUAUGAGCUGCCAGCUCCUCCCGCUACGCUCCAGUCGAGCUGCGACAGGGACAUCAGAAAGUCAUGGCAGAAGACUUGCCAGGCGUUUUGAUUCUGGAUAUAGGGGGAACUCAUGGUGUGCUAGAAAACCUCGCAGUGCUUUUGAAGAAACACUUUCACCUUAUCACCAUGAAGGAGUUUCUUGAAAACAAAAAGGAAAUGAGCAAAAAAAUACAGUCUGUUUUUGUGUUUGAGUGCAGGCCAACUAUUGACCGUGAGCUUCUAGAAAGCCUGCCUAAUUUAAAAGUAAUUGGGAACUCUGGGGUUGGAGUUGAUCACUUGGACUUGAAAAUGAUUUCUAACUUUGGCGUAAAAGUGACCAACACCCCACAUGCCGUGGCAGACCCAACAGCAGACAUGGCAAUGGCUUUGAUGCUGGCCUCUGCCAGAAGACUAGUAGAAGGCUGCCAGAUUGCAGUUUCUCCAGACACAAAGUAUUUUGCUGUUGACUGGCUGGGUGUGGAAGUAACCAGAGCAACGCUUGGGAUCAUCGGGAUGGGCAGCAUUGGGUACAAAGUGGCUCAGAGAGCCAGAGCCUUCAACAUGAAGAUCCUGUAUCAUAAUAGGAACCGGAGGAGAAAGGAAGAGGAAGAGGCAGUUGGUGCCCACUACUGUGAGAAGAUGGAAGACUUGCUGCAGCAAUCUGACUUUGUUAUGUUGGUUGUGAACCUGACUCCUGAGACUCACAAACUGAUUGGGAAAAAGGAGCUGGGACUGAUGAAACCCACAGCUACAUUAAUAAAUAUCAGCCGAGGUGCAGUUAUUGAUCAAGACGCAUUGGUAGAAGCUCUUCAGAAAAAGAUUAUUAGGGCUGCCGCUCUGGAUGUGACACACCCUGAGCCUCUGCCAAGAGAUCAUCCAUUAUUAAGACUAAAUAACAUCAUCAUAACCCCUCACAUUGGAACUGCAACAGUCCAAGCUAUCCGUAUGAUGGCAGAAGAAGCAAUAGCAAAUAUGCUGGCUGUUCUCAAUGGCCAACCCAUUCCAAGUGAAGUGUUUCCCAAAUGAUCUGUGCCAGAUGAUAUUGCUAAAUCUCAUACGUAUGGGAAAGCACUAUAUCUUACUGUACCACUUUUAAAUUACUGCAAAACUGUCAUCUCACUAGACUUGAUCUGUACUGUUAUUUACAAUUCUGAAAAAUAAAGUGGAAGUAAUAAAAGAGAUUUGUUUGAAGAUUUUAAACUGA